AUGAGCAGUAUAUUUAAACGGGUCUUUUUUUCUUCAAAUGAACAAGAAAACACAAACUGCCACUCUUUCGACAAUCAAAAUAUCGAGACCAAGCUGUUAAAGGGGAAGAUUUCAUAUCCUACACUUAUACAAUCCAGUAGAGGAGAAUCUCUUAAUAACAUUAAGCACUUGGUUCCAGGAGAAUUUCAAAAAUCUAAGCCAGAUUUAAAAAGCAGUAACUUCCAUGGGAAUAGUUUUACAAUUGAUGAAACUUGUUCAAACUCUACAAUUAUUCAAUCACGAGAGCAUCUUCUUAUUAAUACUUCAUUUCCUCCAGUAAAAAGCCCUGCACUUCAUUUUGGAUUUGAAGAAGAUGACGAGAACGACUCCUUUCAAAGUAGUAAUGAGGAUACUACAGACUAUCACACUCCAAUUAAUCAACAGUUUUUGUUAAAUAGUUCAGGCAAUGCCCUCACUCCAAUUUCUUCUAAAAAACUUCCUGAACAUAAAGAAAGUAUCGACCCAAACACUAAAUCACCUUCAACAUCUGAACGCCGAAGAUCUUCGUUACCUUCUUUAUUUGAUGAUCCCUUAAUUCAAACAGAUAAGUGGAUUAAAAGAAACUCCACCCACACCAUAAACUGCACAAAUACUUUGAAUGACAAGAGCGGGUCUAAUACUUAUAAGCUUAUCAAACUUGAAUCACCCCUCAAGUCCCUCUUCGAAGACACUUAUUUCCCCCAUUCUCGUUCAAAUUUACUUCCUCCUACAGAUGUCCCCAAAUCUGUGACUCCUAGAACCAUUUUGACUUCAGAAUCAGAUUCAAGCGCUAAUUUCUUUGACUUAUCUCCAGAUAUGACCCAGUCGUCAUUUCUUACAAAUACUACUGAGUAUCAUACAGCACCCGCAAAUAUGCUUCUAUCUAUUGAAACUUCUACUUUAAAAAACUUGCCUUUAAACUCAUCCACACCACCGCCAUUACUAUCUAAUUCAACUUAUGAAAUUGCACAAUCACUUUAUUAUGGUACAAACCCUACUAUCCCUCAUAUUGAAACAGCGUCAUGGCUGGGAGAUGUAGGAGAAUCAAAGGCUGCAGUUCUUAAAGAAUACAUGUCAUUUUUUGAUUUUUCAGACUUUUCUAUUCUCUAUUCUAUGCGCACUCUAUGCGAAAAACUUUACAUGAAAGCUGAGUCACAACAGCUCGACCGUAUCGUGGACGCCUUUUCAGAGCGGUGGUGCGAAUGCAACCCAAACCAUAAGCUUAAAUCCGUUUCAGCAGUUUACACUUUGGCUUACUCAAUCCUUUUACUUAAUACCGAUCAUCAUUCAGAAACUAAUCAAGGUGUUAAAAAAAUGCAAAGGUCACAAUAUAUCCAAUCAACUUUAGAAGCAAUGAAAAAUCUUGUCUUGGCAGAAGAAAAGCAAACCAAGUCACUCAAUAAAGGAAGCCUCCAAUCUUCAGACCAAGCAAUGAAAAUCCGUCGGACUCUUUCUGUCAACUCUCGCAAAGAGUAUCCCUCCCGACCUACAGUUUCCAAAUCAGACAACUUAGCUUUGGUCAAUGACGACACCAAUUAUAGUCAAAAAGAAUGGGAAUCAAUUGUAGGUGGGAUUUUGAAAAAUAUUUAUAACUCGGUCGAUGUGAGUCCCUUGAUUUUGGCUCCAGGUAAAGGUGCUAAUACAAAUUCAAGUAAUGCCUCCAAUACCACAGACUUGUCCAACAAUUUGGGCUUGGGAACUAGCUUAUUGCGUCCAAAAACUUCAAACAGUCGCAGAAACAGUUGGAUGGCCUCCUCAGAAUCUUGGUCGGAUUAUGAUUAUUCAGAUGCCAUUGCCAAUAAUAACCCAUUUCCCACUCCAGAUAAUGAUUUCAAUGCAGGAACAAACAAACAGAGAUCAACAAAAGAGCAUACGAUUGGAUUUGCAGGUGCACUAUGGAGUUCCAUACAACGCGAUGAACAAGAAAAGGCUAAAAGAAAUGCAACACAUAUGCGAUCUUCAUCUAUACCCGAAGAUAUUGAGCAGCAUGGUUCUCUCUCAAAUAGCGUAUCUUUUGGUUCUACUAUAUCUCCUACAAAUACAAGGUCUUCUGGAACAGCAAAUACAACAAUGUCUUCUUCAGUGUCUUGUAAAUCAUCUCUUUCUUCCAUCAAUGAAAACUCUCUGCAAUUUAAUCAUUCAAAGAUUGAGAGCAAACCUUCUACACCGGAACUCAGAGAACAAUUUGGUGGAAUAAUGCGCUUCAACCCUUCUACAAAUAAAAACUCAGCAUCUACACUAUCACUUCCAACUGCAAUGAAUGUUCCAUCAUCAAUGAUACGCAACGAUAGUUAUGGUCUUGAUACGCGUUAUAAAAUUAUCAAUGAGUUCCCUACAUCUAGCGUGAACCCCCAUAGCUUUUCAGCAUUUGCGCCGUUUGCAGAAUCUACAAUCUUGCCUAGUUCAAGCUCUGAAAUAUUUAGUAUUUAUGAGAGCAUAGAACAACCUUCUCAAGAACCUGCCAAAAAAGAAAUCAGGGAAGAAGAUCUGCUACUUCACGGUGCUCCAUGGGGGAAAGAAGGAUUACUAGAAAUACAAGUUUACAUGGACAACACUGACAAGAAAUUCAGACAAGGAGGAAACAUCAAUUCCAGCAGUGGAUCCAGUAGCAAUGGAUCAAACAAAAGUAAUUGGUCUAGGGUAUUUGUUGUUGUUCAGCAAGGGUAUUUGCGAAUGUUUCGUUUUGAUAAAACUGAUCAUAAAGGCUCUGGAAACUUAUCAUCUCUUUCAAAAUCUAAGCGGCAUGGGUUUGGCGACUUUUGGCGACGAAAAAUGGCUGAUAAGGGUAGCAUGAGUUCUCUUUCAGAUACUGAAAGCAAUAACCAACCCAAGCGAAAAACACACCGUCAUCGUCACAGCACUUCCAGAACUCCCAAAAGCCAAUCCAAUAAUUAUAAUGGCCUAGGAAAGCACCAUGAAGAAGUGAAGCAAGUUGGAAGCGGGAACUGGCUUGAAAAUGCAACAAUGACAGAUAGCAUUUCACUUUGUCAUACAAUAGCCCAGAUAGUCCACACUGAUCUUGAUGGAAAUGACAUUCUUGAUAUGCUCCCCAAAGGUAUUAUAAGUAAAGGUAAAAAGCCCGGGAAUGGAUCAAGCAACAAUCACUCUGGGUAUAACAGUAGUAGCAAUAACAGUUUUACCAAUUUAGAUGUCUUUAGCAAUAGCAGUUCCAGCUUAGGCAAUCGGGACGAAAGCAAAAAGUGGGCUCUGUUAAUGCCAAAUAAAGGUGUGCUAUUGUUUAAUGCGGGGACAAAGGAAAUUGCAGAAGAGUUUGUGUACUCAUGUAAUUAUUGGGCUGCCCGGGUCUCCAAAGAACCUUUGCUAGAGGCCGUCAGUUCUAGUGAGUAUGGUUGGGAUAAGCCCAUAAAUACUAUAUUUCAUACCCCGAGAGGAUCAAAACCCGGACACUCUCCAAGUAAAUCUUAUGGUGAUGCAUCCUGUCUUUCUCGGUCCGGUUCUUCAACACGAGAAACACUUUCACACAAAAAGUCACUUCCGUCUCUUCAAUUUAUUUCCAAACAUAGUAGGAUUGGUGUCAAGUCCUUAAACUCUUCCGCAUCAAGUAUCCAUAGUUCUAAUGGCGGGAAUGGUACCCACCAAUCACCCAAUUUUGAUCAUCCCGACAUUGUGGCGCAAUUUAAUAGCUUUAUUUUGGGAUCUGCACACAAAAAGCUCAUGACAUUAGGGCUUGUUGACGCUGCAAAGGUUUUGUACAAUUUCCCACUAUCAACAACACCCGUUGCCUCGGAUUUUGCAACCUCAUCUAAUGAUGAAUCUGAACAAAUGGUUUUGCCACGAUUGCGCACUGAAUCGGAAGCCGCAAGCGCAGCCACAGCAGAAUAUGCCCGCUAUAUGACGACUAAAUCAACACCUCUAGCGCACCAUCCAUCGUUUCAACGACAGUUUGUGCAAGAUCGCUUGAAACAGCUUAAUUCAUACACAACCACAGGUGGAUUGGUGGUCAUUUACAGCGGCUCGCGAUACUUUUUGACCACAAGCUCAAGUGAUGUGUUGAUGAUAAACAACGAGCGAAUAAACCUGAGCAAGUGGAGUGCACCUAUGGCGUCUCUAAUUAUGUCUGGACUCAGUGAACAGGCUCAAAUUGACGUGCUUAAUCGUUACUCCAAGACUAUUGAAGAAGCCUACCACAGUCAUAUUGCUGUUGGAGCAUUACUGGGAGGAGCCUAUAAAAACCAAACGUCACUACCCGUGAUGCCUCUUGUAUUUGGCAAUUGGGAAGACAAGUUUACAUACUUGCUUAAGGAAAUGAUGAAGUAUAGUAUUUAUAUAACGACACUGCAAAUGGCCGCCGGGGACAAAAAACGAUUAGGACGGAACCUUCAGAUAUAA